AUGGCAGACAAUUCUUCACACAAGCUGAAGCUCGCAGGAGGCGUGGCCUUGGGUGCGACCGCUUUAUUUUUGGUUUCCAAAGCACUAAAGAAGUCUGUGAAAGACUCGGUGCGAAGGGAAGCUUCCUCUUCUUUUGAGUAUCACCUUGCAGUCCAUUGCGCAGAGGUGUCAGAGGGCUGGCAUUUGGUGAAGCUCCACAAGGCCGCGGACAUCAAAGAGCAAGGCGAAGUGACAGCUGCUACACUAGGCAUUGAUUUGACAGGCUUUCACCUCUAUCCGGUCGAGAGAAGGACUUUGGAUGGGCCUUGCAUCAAGCUUGGGGCAAGCCUUGCUGAUGCCUCUGGCUUGGAAAAUCAUCUCCUGGCUUUGACGCCUGAUCGUUUGCAGGUAGUUGAGCUGGUGUGCGCAAGGGAGAUGCCGCGACCUGCAGACGUGCCAAGGGGCCCUGCAGCCUUCCCAAUUUGUGGUAUCCAACUGCCGUUCAUCGGAACAACGUAUAAGCUCUUCCAAGGACCUUACAAACUGCCAACCUACAACCUUGCUCACAACGUCUUCCCGCCAAGCGAGUACCCUUACGGCGCGACCGUGCGAUCGCACAGCGGCCAAAGACAAGAGAUCGCUGACUUCCCAACUGGAACCAUCUUCAACGACAGUGCUCACUAUACAGUCACGAUGACUGCAGAUGCCAACAUCGUGAAAGAGUUGAUUGAUCGAACGGCAGAUUUUCCAAAGUUGUGGAACAGAGGAUUCCAGAUCCCAUUGCAGGGCUUCACAGCGAACGGGUUAUUUACGAGCAGUGAGACUUCAGAUGAUUGGAAGACGGCGCACACUUUGCUUCCAAGAGGCUUUAAUCAGAUCAAGAUCAAGAGCUUUUUGCGCCACAGAUUUUUGCCAAGACUCGGGCCUUUGUCCGUGAGUGGUCCAACUUCAAAGCUGGUCACAAGGUGGAACAUGUGA